UCAUAAAGAACGUGGUUUUGCAGUCAGUGCAAUGUUUACAAAUGCGGAGUUGGCUGAUGCCCAUUUGAUGUAUGGAUUAGCACGGGGCAAUAGCCGUGGCGCGGUACGUUUGUAUCGAGACAGAUUUCCAGAACGAAGGUGUCCCGACAGGAAGACGUUCGAAGCAAUUGAUCGGCGUCUUAGGGAGCACGGAACAUUCCAGCCUAUGACUCGCGACUGGGGAAGACCUAGAACGACGAGGACACCUGCAAUGGACGAGGCAAUUAUUCGUGCAGUUGACGAUAACCCUAAUGCCAGCGUCAGAGAAGUUGCUGCUGUACAAGAUAACGUUGACCACGUCACUGUAUGGAGAGUGCUACGGGAGAACCAGUUGUUUCCGUACCAUGUACAGCGUGUGCAGGCACUAUCGGCAGCUGAUUGGCCUCCACGGGUACACUUCUGCGAAUGGUUCAUCCAACAAUGUGUCAAUCCUCAUUUCAGUGCAAAUGUUCUCUUUACGGAUGAGGCUUCAUUCCAACGUGAUCAAAUUGUAAAUUUUCACAAUCAACAUGUGUGGUCUGACGAGAAUCCGCACGCAAUUGUGCAAUCACGUCAUCAACACAGAUUUUCUGUGAACGUUUGGGCAGGCAUUGUAGGUGAAGUCUUGAUUGGGCCCCAUGUUCUUCCACCUACGCUCAAUGAAGCACGUUAUCAUGAUUUCAUACGGGAUACUCUACCUGUGCUGCUAGAACAUAUGCCUUUACAAGUACGACACAACAUGUGGUUCAUGCACGAUGGAGCUGCUGCACAUUUCAGUCGAAGUGUUGGUACGCUUCUCAAUAACAGAUUCGGUGACCGAUGGAUUGGUAGAGGCGGACCAAUUCCAUGGCGUCCACGCUCUCCUGACCUCAACCAUCUUAACUUUCAUUUAUGGGGGCAUUUGAAAGCUCUUGUCUACGCAACCCCGCUACCAAAUGUAGAGACUCUUCGUGCUCGUAUUGUGGACGGCUGUGAUACAAUACACCAUUCUCCAGGGCUGCAUCAGCGCAUCAGGGAUUCCAUGCGACGGAGGGUGGAUGCAUGUAUCCUUGCUAAUGGAGGACAUUUUGAACAUUUCCUGUAACAAAGUGUUUGAAGUCACGCUGAUACGUUCUGUUGCUGUGUGUUUCCAUUCCAUGAUUAAUGUGAUUUGAAGAGAAGUAAUAAAAUGAGCUGUAACAUGGAAAGUAAGCAUUUCCGGGCACAUGUCCACAUAACAUAUUUUCUUUCUUUGUGUGUGAGGAAUGUUUCCUGAACGUUUGGCCGUACCUUUUUGUAACACCCUGUGUAACCCACAUUCAGCGAGUGUUACACAUAGACCAGCUCCAACCUUCAAGAAAGUGGUACACGCUAACUAAACAUGAAGGUGCUGGCGAUCCUGCUUGCUCUGUGUACAUUGGCAGCCCUGACAUUGGCUGACCCCCAAUGUCCUACUCACGACGGAGUCACGCCCAAGUACUUCCCUGACGAGUCGGACCCGAACGGCUUCUGGGAGUGCAGCAAUGGCGUAGCCAUUCACGAGAACUGUGCUCCAGGACUCGUCUGGAACAGCAACAUCAACGCCUGUGACUGGCCUUAGGCGAACAAUUGCAACACCUGAACUGUCUGCUUACAUAUACUGUAUGUUGAAUAUGUUAUCUAAGCUUUUGGAAUAUUUCUAGCGAAGAUAUUUCAAGACAAAUCCCAAUGUUUACAAACGCUGAUCUUAUGUAACCCAACAGUGAAGUUCAUGGUGAAUAAACAACAAUUAAAUGGUUU